AUGAGCACCAAGUUGGUACUCUGCCUGUGCCUGGCGCUCUGCGGAGCCCUGGCCACAGCUUAUCCGCUGGAGGAGAACUUCGGACAGGAAUCGGAGUUGGAGAACAGCCAGGAGCUGAACAGCGUUGAGGAGAAUUACGCCGAGGCGGAUCCAUCCUCAUUUCGCAAACUCUUCGGCGGCGAAGGCAGCGCUGGAAACCUGGUGAUCACCUUCCCCUCCACCACCACCACCAGGAGGCCAAGGACCACAAAGAGGAAGCACAGUAGUAGUUCUUACCAACCGGCACCCCAUUACUCCUACUCGGCUUACCCGCAGUACUCACCGUACCCACCUCAGCAUUACCCCUACCCCGGCUACUAUCCACCACCACCACCACCGUAUCCGUAUCCCGGAUACCAUCAUCACCCGUCGCACCCGCACAAGCCCGAUACGAAGCCCGACCCGAAGCCGGACCCAAAGCCUGAUCCGAAGCCCGACCCGAAGCCUGAUCCAAAACCCGACCCGAAGCCGGACCCAAAGCCCGACCCGAAACCCGACCCAAAGCCUGAUCACCCCAAUCACGGACAUCAUGGUCAUCACGGUCACCACGGUCACUACCCUCCACCAGCCCCCUACUAUCCACCCUACCCAUACUACCCACCCCCACCACCUCCACCACCUCUACCACCACCACCACCACCACCACACUCGCACGACUCUGGCGAAUCCACAGAAACGAUUACCAUCAACAAGUGCAAGUUCCUUGGUUUUAUCUGCUAA